AUGAACGCAUCUCAACAGAUUCGUUUCUCAUCCAACUGGAAAGUUGAGUCGGUAAUAAUAUCGGUCAUAUUCUCAGUUAUUUUUUUGGUUGGCACCGUGGGAAACUGUCUUGUGCUCGCCGUUCUCGUUCGAAACGGGCAGAUGAACACAAAGACAACCAACCUGUUCAUCCUGAAUCUCGGGCUGGCGGACCUCUGCUUCAUCGUCUUCUGCGUGCCUCUCCAAGCUACCAUCUACACCAUGGACGAGUGGGUCUUUGAACCCUUUGUGUGCAGAGCUGUGCACUUUAUCAUCUACCUGACCAUGUACGCGAGUAUUUUUACGCUGGCUGCUGUGUCUCUGGACAGAUAUCUCGCCAUUCGGUACCCCCUGCGCUCAAGAGAGAUGAGAACUCCACGUAAUGCUCUGACCUCCAUUAGUUUGGUAUGGGCUUUAUCCCUGUUCUUCUCCAGUCCAUACCUAAGCUACUACAAGCAGAUGGAUCUGGAUGGGGCCACCCUUUGCAUUCCAGCCUGGAACAUCAAAUAUCGCAGAGCCAUGGACGUCUGCACCUUCAUAUUCGGCUACCUCAUCCCAGUCCUCAUUCUUGGCAUCACAUACGCCCGCACCAUCCGUUACCUGUGGACCUCUGUGGAGCCCAUGCAGGACAUGUCUGAAUCCCGCAAGGCCAAGCGCAAGGUGACCAAGAUGAUAAUUAUCGUGGCUGUGCUCUUCUGUUUAUGUUGGCUGCCACAUCACCUGGUCAUCCUGUGCAUGUGGUUUGGCCACUUUCCGCUCAACCACACUACCUACAUCCUUCGCAUUCUCUCUCACAUGGUGGCCUACACCAACUCCUGCCUGAACCCCAUUGUUUACGCCCUGGUGUCUAAGCACUUCCGCAAGGGCUUCAAGAAGGUGUUUGGCUGUGCCUUCCAUAACCGAGUUGUAAACCGGGUCCACACUGUGAAGCCGGCGCAGAUGGUGAGCCUGGUGGAAGCUGCCUCAAGCGAAGGCUCCAAUCAUUGUGAGGGGUUAACCCGGGGUCAGCUCUGGAGCAAAAGUGGGAAGAAAAUGAUGACUUCAUGACAUUUAAUGUUACAUAAAACACACACUUUUACCCACUGUCAAAUCAGUGUUCACCAAAGUAUUAAACUGUUCCGUUCUGGUUGCUUUUAAAAGCAUUUAAAGAUGUGGUUAUGUAAGAAAAGCUGUCAUACUGGCAUGGGUUGUUAAAUAGAGAGGAAGCAGAGCUUAUUGUGUUUUUGAUGAGGACAGUGACUGAUGUUUAAAAUUAUGUCUUGCAUCUGUGUUUUGUCAGUGUUGGCAGCUUUCGUCACUGUGCGGUGGUGGCUGUGUUUUGUGACUGUGCAGACCACUGUGAAACACAGUAAGGGUUUCCGGAGGUAUGAUGAGAUUCAAUUAUCAAUGGACUGUGCGGGCAUCAAGUUGUUCAAACGUUCACACACUGAACGUACAUAACAAUUUGAUCAAGCGAAUCUUUGAGUUAUUAGAUGAUUUAUUUAAUAAAAAUGUUCAUUUCAUAACAUUAUUAUUUAGUUUUUUAGAGUUUAUGCCACCUGAAAU